AAGAAAUACCAAACAUUUUGGAAUUCAAUUGAGCAAUCGCCGCUUAUCACUGUAGUUAUGUCAAUGCGAUCGAUUUACCGGGGUUUGAGGAGGAAUCAUUCGCGUUUUUGCUCGCAUUUGCACUCUCAUGCUACUAGUUUUGGUUUCAAGGAAGUUAGGGAGGAGGACAAGAGUCAGAUGGUCGGCAAUGUUUUCACAAGUGUAGCAUCGAGUUAUGAUGUCAUGAAUGAUUUAAUGAGUGGUGGGCUGCAUAGAUUGUGGAAAGAAAGGUUGGUUUCCAAGUUGAAUCCAUUCCCGGGAAUGAAGCAUCUUGAUGUGGCUGGUGGAACAGGGGAUGUUGCUUUCAGAAUCUUAGACAGUAUCCAUGGUGUUGCACGCAGAGCUGUAGGAGAUAUUCAUGAUGAUAAUCUACUUGAAGAAACGCAAAUUUUUGUCUGUGAUAUUAACCCCAACAUGUUACGUGUUGGCAGAAAGAGGGCCCAGGAGAGAGGGUUGGGAGACAGUAAAUCUCUCAUUUGGGUUGAAGGAGAUGCGGAAAAAUUAACAUUUAGUGAUGCUUCAAUGGAUGGUUAUACAAUUGCAUUUGGAAUAAGGAAUGUAACACAUAUAGAAAAAGCUCUCGCAGAAGCUUACAGGGUGCUUAAACCAGGAGGGAGAUUUCUUUGUCUAGAACUCAGCCAUGUGGAACUUCCAAUUUUCAAAGAUUUGUAUGAUUAUUACUCAUUUUCAGUCAUCCCGAAAGUAGGAGAGCUGGUUGCAGGUGAUCGUGAAUCUUAUCAGUAUCUGGUAGAGAGUAUCCGCCGCUUCCCCAAACAGGAGAAAUUUGCGACGAUGAUUGCAGAAGCUGGUUUUCAGAAGGUUGAGUAUGAAAACCUUGUGGGAGGCGUCGUUGCCAUUCAUUCAGGGCUCAAGUUUUAGGAUUUGUGCAUUUUCUGUAUGAUGUGUAUGGUGUUGAUUACUCCUGUUUUGGCCGUCGGAUGAAAUAGAAUAGCUCGCGAAUGUUGUGUAGAAACUAAAGCGGGACUGUGAAUGUAGAGAGGAAAGUCUUAAACCUAGUUCAGAAACGACUUGUGUUUCAAAUGGUUAAACAAUACCAAUAAAUAUGAAAUCUAUAAUAAUUGCCUUUUUUUGAUUGA